AGAGCUGACGUAUCAAAAUAAUGGAUUAUCAUUGGAUGGAAUGCGUGUCUCUGAACACAAUUUAACAUUAGUGUGUGUAAAAUAACACGAGUCUGAGAAAGACAAAAGUGAAGAACAAGUGUUGGAAAGAAUGAAUACACAGUGAUCGAGCGAGAGAGCGGUGUUGUUGUUUUGUUUUCAUAGUUUUCAAUGGAAGAAACUCGAAAAAGCAUUCAGAUUCAGAUCCAUUCAUCAAUGUUAGUAUUAUUAGCGUGCAUUUCUUGUUCUUAUCUCACAUUAUCUUUCGCCGAUACCGUAACAAAACAAGAAGCUAAACAACUUAGAAAUGAAGUUACUGAAAUGUUCUAUCACGCUUUUAAUGGUUACAUGGAUAACGCUUUUCCACUCGAUGAAUUGAAACCUUUAUCUUGUUCAGGAGAAGAUACACUUGGUGGUUAUGCUUUAACUUUGAUUGAUUCGUUGGAUACUUUGGCUUUACUUGGUGACCGUGAACGUUUUGUAGCUUCUGUUGAAUGGAUUGGUAAAAAUCUUCGCUUUGAUAUGAUAAAUAAAACGGUUUCUCUUUUUGAGACUACUAUUAGGGUUCUUGGAGGGUUGAUUUCAGCUCAUCAAAUUGCUUCUGAUUAUGCUACGGGUAUGAGAGUUCCAUCGUAUGAUAAUCAGUUACUGAACUUAGCUGAAGAUCUUGCCAGGAGGUUGUUACCUGCAUUUGAUACUCCUACUGGAAUUCCAUUUGGGUCUGUAAAUUUGUUACAUGGAGUUGAUAAAGAUGAAAGCAAGAUAACUUCAACAGCUGGUGGUGGAACCUUGACUCUUGAAUUUGGCGUUUUAAGCCGCUUGACAAAUGAUCCUAUUUUUGAACAAGUCACCAAGAAUGCAGUGCUUGCACUUUGGGCACGACGUUCAAAGCUUAAUUUGGUUGGUGCUCAUAUUAAUGUAUUUACAGGUGAAUGGACACAAAAGGAUGCUGGGAUAGGAACUAGUAUUGACUCCUUUUAUGAGUAUUUAUUGAAGGCUUAUCUAUUAUUUGGAGAUGAGGAGUACUUGUAUAUAUUCCAAGAAGCUUAUUCCGCCGCCAUGCAUUAUCUUUACCACGAUCCUUGGUAUGUAGAAGUUAAUAUGGACUCCGCUGCUAUAGUAUGGCCAUUAUUUAACAGUCUGCAGGCAUUUUGGCCUGGCCUUCAGGUUUUAGCUGGAGAUAUCAAUCCUGCAAUUCGUACUCAUGCUGCCUUCUUGAGUGUCUGGAGAAGAUAUGGUUUUACUCCCGAGGGCUUUAAUCUUGCUAGUCUCACUGUUCAGCAUGGGCAAAAGAGUUACCCGCUGCGGCCUGAGUUAAUAGAGAGCACGUAUUGGCUAUACAAAGCUACCAGAGAUCCUAGAUAUCUUGAUGCUGGGAGGGACAUGCUUGCUAGUUUACAGUAUGGUGCUCGAUGUCCUUGUGGAUAUUGUCACAUUUCAGAUGUUGAACAUCACAAACAGGAAGAUCACAUGGAGAGCUUCUUUUUAGCUGAGACAGUGAAGUAUCUGUGGCUCCUUUUUGAUUUAGCCGCGGGUCCUGAUAACAUUGUGGAAAAUGGACCAUACAAGUACGUAUUCAGCACUGAAGGUCAUUUACUGCCUGCUACUCCUCAAAUCUCUCUUGCGAGAGACCAUUGUUUAUACUAUGGGGCUUAUUGUAGAAGUGGUGAUUUGAGACAAACUUAUUUUGUGUCUGAGGCAGACAAAGAUAAGCACGAAUCAAAUGAUAGUAGAAUUUAUGGGAGCUGGACUAAAGCUACAUAUUCCUCAGAAUACCCCACUUCUGAACCAAGUGCAUCUUCUGGUUUGAUCAAGGGUUUCUGCCCAGGACUAAAUCAUGGACAGAAGUUUGGUUUAUUAUACAUGCAUUCGAAUGAUGAACAUCGUGAUCAUGAAACCACCCAACCGGAAGAACCAACAAUUGUACAAAGCCAUUCAGUGAUGCUUCUUCCUGCCCAGAAUUCUGACCGUUCGGUACCUAAUUCUGGCAAUGAUCAUAAUGAUAGUCAGACUAGUGGUGAAUCAGAUGUUACUUCUUGAAGUGAGAGUUCUAAUGCUAAUAGUGACUGAGGUGCUGAUCCAAUUUAGAUCAGAUUAGAUCUCAGGUAAGCAAGAGGAUUGACGGAAGGAUACAUAUUUUCAACUUUAUAGUGUUAUACUACUUCUCACACUUCUCCGGUUUUCAACCUGAAAUAUAAAUCAAAGCUUUGUUAGUAUGUUCAUAAUUGAGAAAGGAUAGUAAGUUAGAUAAUUUAGCAACUGGUUGAUACAGUGAGCAUGGAGCUGCAAUAGUUGAAUGAUGGAUGAACUGACCCGUUAGAUGUACUUCUUAGGUUGUACUACCAAAUGUCUGAGACAUUGCUCUGCCCUCCGCCUCUUGUUCAUCAUCGGGCUCGUGUACAAGAGUAUAAUGUAAUUCAUUUUGUUGUAUCAUUGUUUCUGGUUGGUUCAUGUAACCUAUUUUCCCAGAGGUAGUGUAUGUGUGAUAGACAUUGUCAACAUCAAAUUAGAUCACAAUUUUAAUUUCUCUGAUAGAGUAGCAAAUAUUUAUCAUCCA